AUGGCCAACGAAGUCAGUAAAAACGUCAUCUUAUUACCUCAGACUAACCAACUUAUCGGUUUGUACUCCAUUAUCAGAGACCAGACCACCAAAAGAGGCGAUUUUGUCUUCUACUCAGACAGAAUCAUCCGUCUUUUAGUCGAGGAAGGCUUGAACCAGUUGCCUGUUGAAGAAUCCACCAUCGAAUGCCAUGGAGGCCACAAGUACACCGGUGCCAAGUUCUUGGGUAAGAUCUGUGGUGUUUCCAUUGUCCGUGCCGGAGAAUCCAUGGAGCAGGGCUUGAGAGACUGCUGUCGUUCAGUGAGAAUUGGAAAGAUCUUAAUUCAGAGAGACGAAGAGACCGCAUUGCCCAAGUUGUUCUACGAAAAGUUGCCUGAGGAUAUAAGCGAGCGUUAUGUGUUCUUGUUGGACCCAAUGUUAGCUACUGGAGGCAGUGCCAUGAUGGCCGUUGAGGUGUUGCUCUCCAGAGGUGUUAGAAUGGACAGAAUCUUCUUCUUGAACUUGUUAGCUGCUCCCGAGGGAAUCAAGACCUUCCAAGACAAGUAUCCAGAUGUUAAGAUCAUCACUGGAGGCAUUGAUGAGAAGUUGGACGAAGACAAGUAUAUCGUUCCCGGCUUGGGAGACUUCGGUGACAGAUACUAUUGUAUUUAG